AUGGCUCAUCCAUUUGUUACUGACUCCAACGUCUUGCACCGCAGCUUUUCUGGACUUCCGGAAAGAGUUAUCUCAACUUCGGGUGUAACUCUCUUCCUAGACUCUGGAAGGCAGAUUCUCGAUGCCUCUGCCGGCCCUGCCGUCUCCUGCCUUGGUCACGGACGCGAUGAAAUCGCCGAAGUAGUUGCGCAACAAAUCCGUCAACUAGCCUACCUUUACUCCGGGGCACCAUUCACAUGCGACGCAACCGAGAAAUUGGCCUCGAUCCUUCUCAGAAAUCGACCCGGCGGCCUGUCGAAAGCCAUCUUCGUUAAUUCCGGUAGCGAAGCAACCGACGCUGCGAUCAAACUUGCGACGCAAUACUGGCACGAGAAGGGACUACCCCAGAAAAAACACUUUAUCGCGCGAAAACAGAGUUAUCAUGGAAACACUAUUGGUGCUCUUUGUGUAUCUGGGCAUUCAUCGCGGCGAGCGAUGUAUGGAGAGUGGCUUUCUGACAACGUCAGCUUUGUCGACCCGUGCUACGCCUAUCGUCUGAAAGGCAUUGGAGAAACUGACGACGAUUAUGUGCAUCGUCUUGCAAAUCAACUGGAGAACGAAAUUCUUCGCGUUGGAUCCGAGAACGUUGCUGCAUUCAUCGCAGAAACUGUCAGUGGAACAACACUUGGUUGUCUGCCUGCUGUGCCGGGCUAUUUUAGGGCUGUGCGAGGAAUUUGUGACAAGUAUGAUAUUUUGCUCAUUCUAGACGAGAUUAUGUGCGGCAUGGGCAAAACUGGAACAAUGCACGCCUGGGAGCAGGAGGGGAUCUCGGGCCCAGACAUUCAGACGGUCGGAAAAGCCCUCGGCGGAGGCUUCAUUCCCCUUUCAGGUGUCUUUCUCCGUGAAAAGAUAUUUGAAGCGCUAGCUUCAGGUUCAGGUGGACUGGCUCAUGGCCACACCUUCCAGGCACACCCAGCUGCAUGCGCCGCGGCGAUCGAAGUUCAGCGGAUUAUUCGAGACGAAAACCUGCUCCAAAAUGUUUCCGACAUGGGAGCAGUGCUAGAAACACUCUUGAGAACCGAACUCGGUGAUCUCCAGCCGGUUGCUGACAUUCGAGGACGUGGCCUCUUUUGGGCCGUCGAGUUCAUGAAAGACAAGGAAAGGAAAGUUUCCUUCUCCCCCGAGUCUAAGUUUUGCAACCAGAUCGUCGACCGAGCUUUGGCGCUGGGGCUGAAUAUCCUGGGGAACCUGGGCACGACGGGGGAGGUUCAUGUGGAGCAUGUGAUAAUGUCACCGCCAUACAUUGUCACUAAGACGGAGUUGCAGCGUAUGGUGAGGAUUUUGAAGAGUGCAAUUGAAGAUGUCAGCCGGGACUUCUUUGAAUCUCAGCAUCCUCGGCCGUAG